AGGAUGGCGGAGCAAAUGGUGCAGCGCAUCAGGUCUCACAAGGAAGAUUUGUGUUGAUCUUUUUUCUGUUUACACCAUUACAUGCUCUGAUAGGUACAUUAUCAGCAUGCAUGCAUUUCUGUGCUCACACUUUGAGCUUUCAAGUGUUUGUUUCAUGCUCGGGAGGCACUGAUACGUGGCUUCUAGGAUCUUACAACUGGCCAAGCAUCUAUAGGCAUCAAAAGGAUGGGCAUGCUUGACCAAUCACUUGAAAAAGCUUUCCAACAGGAAUUGCCAGAGCAUGAUGAACCAAGUCAGCAUGCUGCCUUAUUUUUUGACAGUUGGGAGGAUGAGAUUGGAAAUCCAGAGUGGCGCCCUUUUAAAGUUAUCAUACUUGACGGAAAAGAGAUGGAAAUUCAUCCAUGAGGACGACGAGAUGCUUCAGGCUGUUAAAGAAGAACAGGGCGAACAUAUCUAUGGCGUGGUGACAAAGGCUCUGCUCGAAAUCAAUGAGUACAAUCCCAGUGGCCGUCAUGCUUUGAUGCUGCCGGUUCCAAUGAUGGACAGCUGGUCACUUUAUGUUGUCGAUGUGGAGAAGACCUUGCUGGUGAUGGACCCAUGUGAGACAUCUGAGCCCAUUGAGGAGAUACGCUACAAGCAUGAGGACAAUGCCAACUUUAUUCUGGAUGGGCUUCAAUGCUGCAUUCAUGUUAACAUAUCUGGGUGGCAUGUACCAGCUCAAGGGUUGACGAUCAACUACAAUGUGGACAUGCAUGAAAGUUGUGAAAUAGAGGACAGCCGGCUGUUUAUUGUGAACUACAUCAGGGGGUUCACUGGACUAUACAUGGAGAUGGAGACUUCCUCUGACACCGGGCCGGCUGCAGUACCUCCACAAAUUAAUCGCGUACGAGGUGAUUUCCAUGAGGGGAGCAGAGCUGAGCUCCCGGAUUUCAUGAUUGAGGUGUGGUAAUGAUUCCCGUAGUUUCCCAUGCUAAUUACGACAUGUGUGUUUUGAGCCAGUGAUUCAAGUUUUAGCUUGCACCCCAGACAUUUGGUGUGUAAGUGUUACGAACCGCCCCCCCC